CAUUUGCUGUGGCUUCAGUCUCGUAGCUGCGGUGCUCUCGCUGCUCGGCUGUGUACGGCACAGCGGCGGCUCGUCACACGUCCUCUAGACGCUGUGAGCAACGGACCGGCCUAUCGCGUGGUGUACGAGUCGUCGUCAGCUGCUGUCUCACUAGAUUCGCGCCUGCUUGCAACGAUGUCGCAACCAUCGCUAGGUCAGCAAGGGUGGAGCACGGGCGAUCAGCGACGGAACUACGCCGUCAGGGUAGGAGCAGCCGGUCAGUAUGGCGCGCCCACGACUCCCACGCAUUCGACCGUCUACGGCGACUCGCACCAGCCGAUGUACCACACCCAGUCUCAGACGCUGCCGCGAGCUGCCAAGCCGGAGCCUCGCCCUCAGUACCAGUCGCCGUCGUUCUACGCUGAACAGAGGAGAAGGCGGGGCGGCGGCGGGCCCCACCCUCUGAGCCAACUGCACGACGUGCAACGCGAAAGGGCAGCUGAGAGGGCGGCAAUCGAGAGACAGCCGUUCCGUAGCAAGCAGCUGAUCAUGCCGUCGGUGAAGACCACCUGGGAUCUACCGACAGGUUCCUACAUGAAGCUGUGGAGGAACCCGGAGUCAGAGGUCGUUAACCGUGACAUGGGAGCCGGCGUGCAGUACGGUCCGCCGCCUCCCGCCGCGCAGCAUCACGCUCCGCCGCCUCCCGCCGCGCAGCAUCACGCUCCCACCGCGCCCCGCCACGCCGUCAGGUCGGCGCCCGCCCGCCAGGAGGCGCAGCGUCGCGACGAGCCGUUCUCGCCGACGCACGACGAUAAGAGAAUGGCGGAGAGCUUGCGACGCUCGCUGACCGACGCGUCGUCGUCCGCCCCGCAUUACCGUCCGUCCGGCUCUCAGAGCAGUUCGACGGUUGCCGGGCGCUUCUACGUCCCGAGCGACGACUCCGGAGCCCGGUGGUCGGCGCAGGGGCAGCAGCCCUCACCGAUGAACGUCUACUCAACCGUUACGAAGAGCCACAGCCACGGACCGGGAAGCCAUGGGUAUUCGUCGAAAACCAGCACUGACGGCUAUUCAUAUUCCUCCUCGUACAACAGCUCCAACUACAUGGCGAGCAACCGGGGUGGAACCAGCUACCAGUUGGCGCCUAACGAGGCCAUGGCUUCAGGGGCGUUGAUGGUUCAGGAGAGCGAACCCUACGUGACAAAACCGGUCAACGAACUCCGCUCCAUGUAUAGCCAAUACUGAGUUACGUCAUGCGAAUUCGGAGUGACGUCAUCGCCGGCGGUCCCACCAUCGUUUCCGGCAGCGCGUGUUAAUCGACGCUCGUUUGCUUUCGCGGAAGGUUUUCGGCGUAUUUCUGACAAUUAAUCGAUUUCAUUAAAAAAUAAUCACCUGGCGCGUAUACGUGCUAAAAGUUGAUUCGCGAUAUUUAACAUAACAACGGCUGGAUUUCAUCUCUAAAUCGGCUUCGGGAGUGUUAGCAGCCAGUAUAGCUUAGUUCCUGACGUGGUGCAUUAGCCACCAUAAUGAGCUGAUUACUACGUUGCAGGUUUGCCUAGUGCAUUGGUUCUUAACGUUUUUUUUCUGGUUCCUUCCAAAUUAUGGCCGAGUGGCUAUCUUGAUAGGUGACCUGACAUCGCAGUGAGUCUUGGACUCUAAACAAACGAUCCAACACUCGCUGGAAGUCUGCUUGAGAUGGCUUCCAACGGACUUAUAUUAGAUUGCGACACAAGAGUUAAGAAUUACGGAACUAGAACGUUCGUCUGGUGAUAUGUCUCAUGGCAGUAAUAUAUCGACUACCAAUGUUGGAAUCGUGCGUCCUACGUUAUCUAGUUUCGGGAAAAUGCAAACCUUUACCAGAAUUUUUGAUAAAAUUCAAAGUAAAUAAAAAAUGGCAUAUUUAAAUUUAAUUGAAAUAACCGAACAAAGUUAUUUCAAAUUCAGCUAUUUGUAAAGCAAUCACUAUAUAUAGGGCCUAUAUUGGUUGAAAUCUCUCGAAUUUCUACAUUAAUUGAGAAAGGUAGUGACAUAGAGAAAGUACUCAUUUGAAGACAAUAUGGCUAAUUAUGAGAAAAUAACUGCUCAAUUUCUAAAAGUUAUAUUAUUAGACGUUUAAUAUAUACACUCGAUUAUUUACUAUUUAUAACAGGUAUAAUAAAUCUCAACUUUGUUACGUAGUGGUUAGAAUAUUUUGAAAUUUCAUCAGUGUGUGCUGACCAUGAAAUUGACUAGUGCUGCUUAGCCAGGAUGUCUCUCCAACAUAGCAUUAUUUCAAUUAUUUAGUUGACAUGGUUGUAGAAACGUAUAAAUAGGUUGUAUCGAAUGUAGAAUAAAUUAUGUAUCUAAUAAUCCGCAAACGCAAAUGGAGAUGGACAUUCAUUUCAUAGACUUAGGCAUCUUAUACUUUUGUUGGCAUUGCUUAUCUGUUAAAACAUUUUGUAAACGGAAUCUCUGUAAACGCUAGUUGGUGUACACGUUUUUAACCGGGAAAAAAAGGUUUAUUGAACGGAUAAAAAUGCACUGCUGGGGCAGCGUACCAUUACGCGGGCUCUGUUACCGAAUGAUUUUUCAUUAAAAUAAAAAACGAAACAGCAUAA